AUGCCAAUUUCUACACCCAUUGGUGGUGGUGAUGUACGCAUAUGGAUGCCGGAGUUCAAAGGUGAUUUGAUUGUCAGUUCUGCGAAAGAAUUAAUUCGUCAGAAAUAUCCCAAGUUUGAUGGCGCUGCUAUUUUAUGGAGGAAAGAAGUUCACCCUACAUUGGCUGCCCUAAAUUGGAAAUUCAUGCGUAAUGCUUGUGCAACCUUUGCUGGCCGCGCUUGGAACUGGAUAGAUGAUGUUUUUAAUUUAACGCCUAAUGAUAAUCUUGUGGUGUCUUGUAAAGCAGCGCAAGGAAGGAGUACUAUGAUUCGCGAUCUGUGGAGACUUGCCAAUCUUGUUAUCAGGUCUGAGCUGUGGGCAGCACGUAAUAGGGUUGUUUUUCAACGUCAACAACCUAGCUGGAGUUUAUUUUUCAAGAGGGUGGUAAAGCUAAUUCAAGAAUAUUUUAUUCGGCUUAGGGGAUAUAUGCAAAAUUGUGCUGAAGACGUUUUGCUGCUUGAUUAUUUUCGAGUGGUCCAUAGGAGUGUCAAGCACCAGCAACCGGUGGAGGUUUUUUGGCAGCCUCCAGAUGAGAACGAACUCCAGAUCUGUUGUGAUGGCGCGGCGCGGGGUAACCCAGGCAUUGUAGGAGCGGGAGUGGUGGCUAGGGACGCAAAUUGUGCAGUUAUCGGAGCUAUGAGUAUUGGCCUUGGAGUUACCACAAAUUUUUUGGCUGAACUUUAUGGAAUUAUUGUUGGGUUGGAGUGGGCUAUGCAAUGGGGUUUUGAGCGUAUUUGUGUGCGAUCAGAUUCUUUUAGCGUGGUUGAAGCUUUCAAAAAUUCUUCUAUCCCUUGGUUUUCAAGGAGUAGAUGGUUGGCAAUUUGUAGGCAUUAUGUGUCUAUAAGGUUCAUCCACACUUUUAGGGAGGCGAAUUUUGCAGCAGAUAAAACGGCCAAGCGCGGUUGUCUACUUGCUAAUGAAGUGGGAGUACAUUAUGUUGGAAGACCACCUUUAUUAAAUUCAGUUGAAUAUCCGAAUGUUUCUUAUUAUCGUUUCAAAUAG